AAUGAUGUCGAACGGGCGCGGGUUGCUGUCUGAGCAGGUCUGUCUUCCAAGUUCAACCAAAGGAAAUCGCGCAUGUGAAAGGAGAGGUGGAGAGUGAGAGAGCAGAGAGGGAGAGGAAAGUUGGCUGCUCGAGCUCCCCCGGAUUUCCACCUGACUGCUCGGGAAGCGGGAUACUGGGACAGGCAAAAUGCUGAGUUUGGGCAGCGUAGGAGCGAAGUCUACUAAACCGUCAUUCGUGUCUUAUGUUACACCCGAGGAAAUAAAAUUAGAGAAAGAACCACCAAAGAUAGAGAAACAUCCUGAUUUACUGCCAGGUGAAGUGGAGUUCUGUUGCGCCAACCCCAUUCUCAAAUACACUCAAGAUGAUCUGUCCCAGCGUGGCAUCUUUGGCACAUUGUUCUGCACCAAUUUUCGUGUUACAUUCAUUAGUGAUGAGAAAUCACAGGAGGAGACGACCAAGACCUUUAAGAACAAACUCUAUGGAGAAAAUGACAUUCCAUUAAUGUGCGUGGAUCACAUCUAUGGUGUUUAUGAUGAAAAGAAAAAACUGAUAACAGGAGGCCUUGUGAAGAACAAAUAUCCAUCCAAAAUGAUCAUUCACUGUAAAGACCUACGAGUCUUUCAGUUCUGUCUAACAUUCACCAAGGAGGAAGAUGCCAAAAAGAUCUUUCAGGGUAUUGCUCACCAUUGUUUGGAGGAGAAAUCUCUGAAGUGUGUCUUUGCUUUUUCCUAUUCAGGGACACCAAGCCCAGAAAUGCAGAGGAAACGGGAGACAAUUCUGUUUGACUCACCAGAGGACUGGACCCAGGAAAUGAAACGGACGAGGGCAAACUGUAGACUAGUCACUGAAAACGAGAACUUUGAACUCUCUCAAAGAUUACCGAAGUACUUUGUCAUCCCAUCAGCACUAGGGGAUUUAUUCAGCUACCAAGGAAAGGGAUUUCCAAUUUGGUGUUGGUCUCAUCACAGCGGUUGUGCUCUCUUCAAAGCGUCUUUACCGCCUGUGACACAGGAAGAUGGGGAUUUCCAAAAGCACUUGGACAUAAUGAUAAAUGCAGUUGCACAUAAUUACCUUUACUCCGCAAAAACAGAGGACCUCUCAGAAUCACUUCCUACUAUCCAAGACAUCCAGCAAUCAUAUAACAAGUUCAAACAAUUCUUUCUUAUCGAAAAUUCAACAGAUUUUUGGUUGUCAGAUGUGAAAUGGUUCUCUUCCCUUGAAAGUUCAGGAUGGCUAGACAUUAUUAGACAAUGUCUCCAAAAAGCAGUAGAGGUGGUUGAAUGUCUUGAAAAGGACAACACAAAUGUUCUUAUAACAGAGGAAGAGGGAACAGAUCUGUGCUGUGUGAUCUCCAGUCUGGUUCAGAUCAUGCUGGACCCUUAUUACAGAACACUGAUGGGUUUCCAGAGUCUGGUGCAGAAGGAGUGGGUGGCUGGUUGCCAUGCCUUCCUGGAUCGAUGUAAUCACCUCCAUCAGAAAGACAAGGAGUGUCAUUCUCCAAUCUUCCUCCUGUUCCUGGAGUGCGUGUGGCAGCUUGUUCAGCAGCACAGCCCGGCCUUCCAGUUCUCCGAGACUUACCUGACUGUGCUGUCUGACAGUGUUGAUGUGCCAGUCUUUAGCACCUUUCUGUUCAACUCUGCCCAUCACAGAGAAAGUGUUAUGAAGGCAGAGUCACCGCUUGCACAAAGCAGCCCAUUGAGCUGCCCUACAGUGUGGGACUGGUCUGUGCAGUUUGACAGCAAGGCCCAGAAUUUCUUCUUUAACCCCCUGUAUUCAGAAAAGGUGAAACAUGAGAAAGCUGUACGCAAAGCUCACAAGCCCAAGCACCAAAGACAGUUAUCCUUACCCAGCACAGCUUUCAAACCCCCGUCUAAGAAAGGUUUCUUUAAGGACGAGACCGACAGCCUUAAAAAGAUGCUACGAGUGAAGCGUCUCAGUCGCUGGAUGGGCUCUCCUGACUCCCCCGCUGCCACCACUCGAGGGUUCUACGAGUCCUGGCAACAACGUCCUCUGGACUAUCACGGCCUCCUGCUCCCCUGUCUGGACGGGCCGGCUGUCCGCGUCUGGAUGCAGCGAUACCUGCGUUGGAUACCUGAGGUGCACAUCAUGGGCGGAGGCUCUGUGGCCGUCAUGACCAAGCUUAUGGAACUUCUAAGUCAGGUGCAGGAUCUGAAGUGUGUGCUGGAGCAAAGAGACUCCUCACAAGCUGUUAAACUUGAUCACCGUCCAUACAUUCAGCACCGGCUGCUGUCGUUCGGCUCCUCGGGACGAUUGUCAUCCUCAUUCCCCUUCGCUUACAGCCGCAACCGAUCUUUCAAGCCCAUCAUUCCUACAGGUCUGAUGCAAAGCCUUAUGGUAAGUGACAGCCUAGCCAGUCAGGAAGAUGAGGCCAGUUCGUUUGUGAGUUUGGUUUAACAGAGAGCCUUUUUUUCACCCAUAUGUUGAUAUCUGUAUAUUAUAUGGAUAUUAUUAAAUUAUAAUACAGGAUUAUAGUGGCCUUGUCAGAUUCAAAUUAGGUGUUGAAAGUGCCUUUGGUGCUAAAGCGGGUCCUUUUGGAAAGUAAAACAGGUUUUUGUCAAACCACAUGUGCCCUACUGUAUCGAAAACGAAAUAUGAGCCUUCAGACAGGAUGUAAGCUCUUUUAUUUUCGAUGUUCUUAAUGGAACAAUACCUGGAAUUGCUCUCUUGCUCAUCACGAAAGAGGAACAGGAUAUAGCCCUGAGCUUCCAGCCUUUCCACAGUGCAGUGUUACAUAAAAUCAUCACCAAGUAACAUUCCAUACAGUAUUCCAUUCCAGUGGUCUAUGGAUAUAUGAGCUUAUCCUGAAUAAUAGCAACCAUUAUAAAGAGUUAUAAAUACAUCUGACUUCCACACUUCUCUGACUCCUCACAUAAUAUAGCUCCUGAUGUACUCAGUGGUUUGUACACGCACGCCUCUGCAGUGCUUGAAGCAUGUUUUCAGCUUUCUCUGGCAGUGAAAAGUAUGCAAAGAAGGUUAGCCAAGGAAAAUAGCGUGGAGCUCUCUACAGGUAUAUUAUUGUUACUGCUGCAUUUAAAAUGUAUUUAGGAUUAGACUGUACUUACUGUGGUCUGAUGUGACUUAGCAUUUCUUUUCCCCAGAUGCCAAGUCAACCUUCGGGUAUAUAAAUGUUUAAUGUGUGAAAAAAAAAAUUUGUCUAAGAAAACAGGAAGUAUGGAUCAAUACAUGAGAUCAGCUGUCUCAGAGAUUCAGUGCUCUGUUGUAUAAUGUACACUGUGGGGCUCUUAGAUAUAUAUAAUGGAAAAUCAUAGUAAACUGCAAGCCUUUGCAAAUAUAAUUAUUUAAACAUAAGCUAAUGUAAUUCUGUAUCUGCAUUUGUGCACAUUUCCUUUGCAGUACUACUGCCACAAAUCAACAGGCACUUCAUUAAAAAAAAAAAAAAUGUUGUUCAAAUUGUAUUUGAAAUGUAAUGAAGCUGAUGUAAGCUGAAAUCACUGAAGCACUGAGCUGUUAUUUGCUGGCAAGUGUGUGGAGAAAGCAGUUUCCUGAGUAUUUUGUUUUUGUUUGCACCCUUUCCGCUUAUGUUUUGCACUAUCCUGCCAGUCAAUCACUGUUACUUGAACAGUCAGCUGUAAAUCUGAUUCUGUUCACUUCAGUUCAGUACUUCUCUUGUGUAUAACAAGUGAUUUCAAGCUGGAUUUGAAACUUAUUACUGUAUAAUUGUUUUGUAUUUUUCUAUAACUAACUUUUAAUGUUCAUAAUAUCAGAGUUUGGCCUUGAAAUAUAUGAAAUAUGUCAGAUUGCUUUAUUUUCAUGUAAAAGUAGCAUUAAAUACUUUUAUAUAUGCAUUUGAGAAAUAUGUCACUCUUUUUGUCCACAGAAUAUGAUUGAAAUAAAAGGCUAGAUCAGUG